AUGACAUGCAAAAAGUUUAAGGCGUUCGAAAGAGCACAUAAUUUGAGAUCAUUUUUAGCAGUUCCAAUUGUGUUGAGAGAUAGGUGGGAAAAAUUUCAUUUACCGAAAAAGAUUUUGGAUGGCAUUCUUCCACAUUUACCAUUAUUAAGGGUUCUUUGUUUGAGUAAAAUAUGGAUUGAUGAGGUGCCAGAGUGUGUUGGUGAUUUGAAGCGCCUGCGGUAUCUUAAUCUAUCUCAAACUCCAAUCACACAUUUACGAGAGAAUAUUUGUAAACUUUAUAAUUUACAGACAUUGAUCGUGUUUGGUUGUGACAAGUUGAGGGAGUUGCCCAACGGCUUCUUGAAUCUUAAAAGUUUAAGGCAUUUUGACAUUGGGGACACUCCGCUUUUGAAAAACAUGCCGUUAGGUAUUGGUGAGAUGAAAAACCUACAAAUUCUCUCUAAGAUCAUUAUUGGGGGAGAAAAUGUGUUUCCAAUAAGUGGGAUAAAGGUUUUGAAGAAUUUUCGUUGGAGAGUUUGUAUCUAUGGGCUAGACAAAUUGCAAAACAAUGAUCAAGCACGAGAGGUAAACCUAUCACACAUGAGGCUUAGUGAGUUGGCGGUGGAAUGGAGUGACAUGUUUGAUAGGUCUCGAAAGCAAAUACUUGAGACAGAGGUCCUGGAUAUGCUUAAGCCUCAUAAUGAUAAUCUCAACAAACUUAAAGUUAUGUCAUAUGGGGGCAUAGAAUUUCCGCAAUGGGUGACAGAUCCAUUAUUUAUAAGGUUGACUGAUGUGUGGAUUGAUAAAUGUAGAAAUUGUAAGUUUUUGCCACCAUUUGGGCAUAUGCCAUCAUUGAAGAAGUUGACUAUUGAAAGCAUGGAUAAUGUGAAAGAGGUAGGUAUAGAGUUACUCGGCGUUGGUCCUGCAACGUUCCCUUCACCGGAGAUUCUAAGAUUUCAAAGUAUGCCACGUUGGGAGGUAUGGUCAGUCAAUGUGUUAGGUGUCGCAGUGUUUCCAUGCCUUAUAGAGCUUCAUAUAAAAAAUUGUCCUAAUUUGGCAAGAUGGAAGUAG